GCCUUGUCUUCAGAGAGGGAAGUUUUCUGAGCCCUCUCUCAGAAGUUUAAGGCCUUUUCCUUAAAUCAGUGGAAAGUUAGGAAAGGUAGCACGGUUUUAUGCCUGUCCUAGAGUGGCAGUUUAUCCCUUCUUGUGCACCUGUGCCACAAAAGAGGGCUCUCUGCAGUUCCUGGCUUUGCCCCCAUUCUUCUGGAUGAGCACCAGCUAGAGACCCAUGGAAAAGAGAAUGAAUGCCAGUCUUCAGAGACCUGAGAUUAAACUUCAGUCACUAAAAGAAGAUAUUAAGGAAUUCUUUAAAAUAUCAGGUUGGGAGAAGAAACUUCAGAAUGCUGUUUAUAGUGAACUGAGUGUGUUUCCUUUACCUAGUCACCCUGCUGCACCUCCUGAACAUCUGAAAGAACCUUUGGUUUACAUGAGGAAAGCACAGGGAAGUUGGGAAAAAAGAAUUUUGAAGAGUUUAAAUAGCAUGUGCACUGAACUGAGUAUCCCAUUGGCACGAAAGAGGCCAGUUGGAGAACAGAAAGAACUUCUCAAUAAAUGGAAUGAAAUGGGAACUGAUGAACCAGAUUUAAGCCUUUUCAGACCUGUUUAUGCACCAAAGGAUUUUCUGGAGGUGUUAAUUAAUCUUCGCAACCCAAAUUAUGAAAAUGGUGAUUCUCUUAGUUUCAGGACCCAUUUGGGCUUAAUCCAAGUACCUCUGAAAGUAAAAGACAUCCCUGAAUUGAAAGAAUUCUUUGUAGAACUCGGCUUAACUACAGGACAGCUAGGUAUAGAUGAUUCUACACAAGUGCCUCCUGAACUUUUUGAAAAUGAGCAUGUACGUAUUGGGCAAAAAGUUCUAGCAGAACAAGACAGUGCUGCUGCUCAACAGUAUAUCAGACAAGGAAGCCCCACAGCCCUGAGAGCAGAAUUAUGGGCUCUCAUUUUGAAUAUUUCCAGUCAACCAGAGGAUAUCUUGUAUUAUGAGCAGCUUAAGACCAAUGUAAUACAACAUGACCUUUUGGUGGACAGUCUAAUCUAUAAAGAUGUGAAGUUGACAGCAAGCAAUGAUGAUUAUUAUUUUGUAUUUGAAGAUUAUUUGUAUCAGGUAUUACUUUGUUUUUCCCGGGACACAUCUGUGUUGGGUCAUUUUGCGUACAACAGUGCUUCACCACCGAAAUCAUACAUAAGAGGAAAACUAGGACUAGAAGAAUAUGCAGUCUUUUAUCCACCAAAUGGUGUAAUCCCUUUCCAUGGAUUUUCAAUGUAUGUUGCACCACUUUGUUUUCUCUACCAUGAACCUUCCAAAUUGUAUCAGAUAUUCCGUGAGAUGUAUGUGCGUUUUUUCUUCAGGCUCCAUUCCAUCUCUUCUCAUCCUUCUGGUAUUGUGUCCCUCUGUUUGCUGUUUGAAACUCUUCUUCAGACGUAUCUCCCUCAGCUCUUCUAUCAUCUACGAGAAAUUGGGGCUCAACCACUUCGCAUAUCCUUUAAGUGGAUGGUUCGAGCUUUCUCUGGAUACUUAGCUACAGAUCAACUCCUGCUUUUGUGGGAUAGAAUCCUAGGAUACAACUCUCUGGAAAUUCUUGCUGUGCUGGCAGCUGCUGUGUUUGCUUUCCGAGCAGUGAACCUGAUGGAGGUGACAUCACUGGCCGCAGCUGAAGCAGUUCUUGCUGACCUUUCUACUUUAAAAGUUAUGCCUCUUCUUCAAAUUUUUCUGUUUGCUACUGUCACCUGAUCUUCUUCAAGGUCACUGACAACACAUCUAGUUUUUCAUUAGAAAAUAAUCAUGAACUAUGCAAACUCUGCAUAAAACCAAAAUGAAACUUUGCAUAUAAGCCAAUAAAGAUCAUGUUCCCUCUUCAGUUAAA